UUUGUGGUUGAGAGAGGCCCAGGACCCCCCUGGCUGAGGAUGAUAAAGGCCCCUCCCUGAACACCUGGCAGUGUAAGAAAUCUCACACAGAGAAUCUUGGGGCCCCGUCCCCUUUGUACCUGAGGAAGGAUUGUUCGUUGUUGGGCAAGCGUUAAAGUAUUUGUCACCUGGCAAUGGGCAGCUUCCCUCUUCCUCUGGGUUUGCUACAGCACUAGACUUCCUCUUCGUGUUCCAUGAGAUCUUUCUCUGUUCAAUUCCUAAAGAGAUUUCCCUCUCAUUUCUCUGGCAGGUAACUUCGGAACAAGUUCUGCGAAGAACGCCUUGUGAGAGCUUUGCCUGAGGAGUGCUGUAAGUUCAAAGUGACUUCAAGAUACACAGCAAUGACAACAAGAAAAAUAAGUACUAGAAAAAUAUAUUUGAAGCUACAUUCCUGUGCAGUUAAGGGAGGAAAUAAGAUUUUGCUGUAGAAAGAGAGGCUUGGGAAACCAAGCAGAAGGCUACAGCAAGACAAAAACUGUCCUGUUCAGGAGGUUAUAUCUGUGAACCCCUGGCAUCAUAUUUGAAUUAUAAAUGUGAAAGAAUGGCAAGCACUCUACCUCCCUUUCCUAGAUCAGACACAGGGGAGAAGUUACAUCAGUGUAUGGAGUGUGGAAAACAAUUUGAUAGGAAAAGUAAACUUACUGUACAUGAACGGACCCACACAGGGGAGAAGCCAUAUCAAUGCAUAGAAUGUGGAAAGAGCUUCCGUCGCAGUGGCAAUCUGCAUGCCCAUCAAAGGAUCCACACAGGGGAGAAGCCAUAUAAAUGCAUGGAAUGUGGAAAGAGCUUCCGUCGCAGUGGCAAUCUGCAUGCCCAUCAAAGGACCCACACAGGGGAGAAGCCACAUAAAUGCAUGGAAUGUGGAAAGAGCUUCAGGCACAGUGGACAUCUGCGUUCCCAUCAAAGGACCCACACAGGGGAGAAGCCACAUAAAUGUAUGGAAUGUGGAGAAAGCUUCAGUCGGAAAAACAGCCUACAUUCCCAUCAAAGGACCCACACAGGAGAGAAGCCAUAUGAAUGCAAAGAAUGUGGAAAGAGCUUCAGUCACAGUGUGGGUCUGAGUGCCCAUCAAAGAACCCACACAGGGGAGAAACCACAUAAAUGCAUGCAGUGUGGAAAAAGCUUCAGUCUGAGUGGAAAUCUGCGUAUCCAUCAAAGGAUUCACACAGGGGAGAAGCCACAUAAAUGCAUGCAGUGUGGAAAAAGCUUCAGUCUGAGUGGAAAUCUGCGUAUCCAUCAAAGGAUUCACACAGGGGAGAAACCACAUAAAUGCAUGGAAUGUGGAAAGAGCUUCAGUCACAGUGGAGAAUCUGCGUAUCCAUCAAAGAACCCACACAGGGGAGAAGCCACAUAAAUGCAUGGAAUGUGGAAAGAGCUUCAGUCAGAGUGGAGAUCUGCAUACCCAUCAAAGGACCCACACAGGGGAGAAGCCACAUAAAUGCA